AACCGGACCAGCUCCUGGGCUGCGCUGAGUGUUCACGGCGACCGCGCCCUUCCACAGACUACGAGUUGGUCCGGGCAUCAGCCAUCGGGCAAGUGAACGGCAUCUGGGGCCUGCCGGCGUUCGUCUGUGACCUCUACAUCGCCACGGACGUCACCAGCAGCACAUCAUCCAUAUUCAACUUGGUGGCGAUCAGCAUAGAUAGGUACAUAGCCGUCACUCAGCCCAUCAAAUACGCCAAGCACAAGAACAAUAAUCGCGUCAUAUUCACAAUAAUUCUGGUGUGGGUAACAUCAGCAGCCAUCGGAGCUCCUCUGGUUCUCGGCCUGAAUGUUCCGGCCGAUGGCAUUCCAAGAGAGGAGCAGCAGUGCAUUUUCUACAACUCAGAUUUCAUUAUUUAUUCGUCUUUGUCAUCAUUCUACAUCCCCUGUGUCAUUAUGGUCUGCCUGUACUACAGGAUAUUUCAGGCGAUUCGUCUUCGUGCGCGGCAGGCGGCCGCCGCAAAGAAGCCCAAGAUGGACACUCGGCCAUCGACUGUGAUAGAAAACCUGGCGCAGACAAAGCAGCAGGAGACGACGCUGUCGGUGAUGCGGCCCGUGCCCGACAAGGCCACGAACACGGGCAGCAACAGUCAGGAGGAGGACGACGAUGACGAUGACGAGGGUCAGGAGGACGGCCCCGACAUCUCGUCGCCGAACGACGUCGAGGACUGUCACAUCAUCACCAACAAGUCGUGCGCUGAGCUGCCGCUCGUCACGCUGCCCAUGGCCAGCCCGGCCGGCCCGUCGGUGAUGGUCGUCGAGGCGAACGGCCACCACGACUCGGGAUACGUGGACGACAGUAAUGUGAACGCGGGGCCGGCCGGCGCGGCCGGAGCGGGCGCCGGGCCGCGCGACUCCCUGCUGCCGACCCGACCCGCCGCCGCCGCAAAGGCUCAAAUCUCCGGCGACAACAAAUUGGCCUGUAAAAAGGCGGCUGCUCGCGGCGGCACCGUCAAAGAUAAGAAGUCCAAGAGGCCGACGACGAGCCGCUUUACCAUUUACAAAGUCAACAAGGCCAGUCGGAAGAAGAGGGAGAAAAACUCGGCUAAACGCGAACGGAAGGCCACCAAGACACUGGCCAUCGUGCUCGGCGUGUUCCUGGCGUGCUGGGUGCCGUUCUUCACGUGUAACGUCGUGGACGCCAUCUGCAUGAAGAAAGGCUCCGACUGCAGCCCGGGCCUGAUGGCGUUCUUCUUCACCACCUGGAUCGGCUACAUGAACAGCUUCGCCAACCCCGUAAUCUACACCAUAUUCAACCUCGAGUUCCGCAAGGCGUUCAAGCGGCUGCUCAGCUGCGCCAGGUGAUGGCCCGGGCCGAGGGCCGGUGGGGACUAGGGUGAAUGUGUGACCGAUCGGGUCGACUCUGCGACCCGGGAGGCACUCGGACUCGACGCGCCGCACGGCGCGUGACACGGACACGCUGCGGCGAGGUGUAUGUGUGUGAGCGAUUCGAGAGAUGGAUGAGUGAACCAGUGCGCCCAUCAGGGUGGCAAACUGACUGUUAUCGGCUGUACAUACAUAGUACGUGUGUGUUACAAAUUCCAGCGACUGCGGCGCGGGGUAAGCGUGUUGGUUGUUGUCGCCCAGAGUGGACUAUUUUGUCAGAAGUGCAGCGGAGCGCGCAGGCGGCAUUAGUAGCCGCGAAUCACCUGUCAGAGUUGUCUGUACAUAUGUACGUCAGAUACGCUGUACCUUCGUCAGAGACUGUACAAAGAGGGCGGUCGUCGCCGACAAAUCAAAUCAAACGGCGCCGGGCCGCUGGAGGUCGGGUCGGUCUCGGGGGCCGCCCCCGCUGUCGUGCAGGCGGCCCUCGGGCAGGCGGCGGCGGCGGCGGCGGCGGCGGCGGCCGUCCCGCGCGCAGCUCGGCGUCCUGAGUCCCGCCGGACUCCGCGCGGCCCGCCCCGCCCCGCCGCCGGCCGUCGGCGCCGCGCCCGCCGCCUGUCUAUUCAACAAUAAACU